AUGGCAGCCUGUGCAGCACAAUUCACAGCCCUCUCCAAUUGGGCUGCUACUCUCCUUCUUGCUCCUCCCGCAUCUCAACGCGAACGACAUGCGGUCAAACUGCUUAAAGUUAUGAAUCACCUUCAUAUUUUGAAGAACUUUAACAGCUUUCUGGCUAUCCUUUGUGCAUUUCUCCUGGUUCCUGAGAAUGUUUUCUCAAAGAAAACCCGAGCUCGCCUCGCACGGCUUCGACCUUACAUGCAGCCUCCGCAUUUUGCUAGUUACCGUCGUGAACUGGCCGAAGCUACCCCUCCCCUCAUUCCAUACUUGGGCCUGACUUUACAAAAUCUAAUCGCUCUUGAACAGAUUAAUCCCCUUUACCUUUCCAAAGUUCCCAAGGGAAUGAAGGCUUCAUAUAAACCAGAACAUGGACCCAUUGUCAACUUUUGGCGUAGUUGGAAGCAUUUCCUAAUAAUCAAUUUCUUCGUGAAGCAAGAGGGCCUCGAAGGACGGGCCGCACAUUAUGACAUAAAACCAGACUUGGACAUUUUGGACUUCAUUGCAGAUUUUAAAACUGCCUAUCCCGACUUCGCACUUAGAGAAAUGAUCAACCGCAGGAAACGAGAGGUCUCUUAA